GCGAAGAGAAGAGAAGCCAAGACCAGAGGAAGAGAAGGCAGAGGGAGCGAGUAAUGGAGUUUUCCGAGAGGAGCACAGAGGCAAGACGAGCCAACAUCAUUUACUUCCUAAAUCGCGACGGCCAGAUCGAACACCCUCAUCUAAUACGCGUCCACCAUGUCUGCCACUCCGGCAUCCACCUUCGCGAUGUCAAGAGAUGGCUGUCGGAAUUGAGGGGAAAAGAGAUGCCGGACUCAUUCGCUUGGUCCUAUCAGAGGCGAUAUAAGAAGGCAUUGGUAUGGCAGGAUUUGAAGGAUGACGAUCUCCUCACUACGAUAUCCGAUUCGGAGUAUGUUCUGUUGGGGUCUCUUCUCCCUGGCGCUGAAUCUAAAUCAGGUCCCUUCCCCUCUCCCGAAAUAAAGACCUUGCCGAAAAAUGAGCAACCGUAUGUGGAAGACGGCUUGUUGCCGGAUGAGGAAGUGGAGGAGAUGGAACAAAGGAAAAUAUCACCGGCGGGAGACGCCGGCCGGCAGAGCUAUCCACGAAAGCCGUCGCACGUGUUCCGUAACUUUCUCACGUGCAAAGCGGUCGACACUGUCGACAGCACCCUGCUCGCCGGCGGCAGGGGUGGAGUCCACGGCGGUUUGACAAAGUCUGCAGGUUCCAUUAGGUCGCCACUGCGACUUCAACAAAACGCCAAUGUCGAUAAUAAUAAGAGGUGA